AUGGCUGAUUGGGAACGUCCAAAAGAUUUACCAUACCCAAUGGUAUGGCGUAAAUUUACACGAACUAUGUCCGAUGGCCGGGAACAUAAAUUUCGUAUUCAGGAUGCAUCACAAGAUAUGUUCGAUGAAAUUUAUGAUUUAUUUAAAGUACAUUUUAUGACGGAGGAACCUAUAUGUAGUGUUCUUGGCUGUAGUCAGUGUAUUGAAAUAAAUAAAUUAAUUUCAGAUAUGGUCAACGAUGAAGUAUCAUUAAAAGAAAUGGAAAUAUAUUGGAGAUCUGAAUUACGUCGAAAAACGUUAAUCGUUUGUUUUGAAGAAGUACCAGAUGGUAAAGAUGUUUUAGUAUCUUGUAACGUUAUGGGUGUGCGAACCAAAGGCAAUUUGUUAAAAGUAGCUGCAACUGGUCGAGCUCUCGUUGCAAUGAAUAAAAUUAUGGAGCACAUAUGGUUGGAAGUAGCGAAAAUUUAUGAAGCAUUUAAUGUUGAUAAAUAUCUUUCAGCAUAUGGUUUAAGUGUACAUCGUGAUUACCGUGGAAUUGGCAUUGGUGUCGAAAUGUUACUAGCUAGGACGGAAUAUUGUAAAGCCAAUAAAAUAGAAUUCACCGUAACAGCAUUCACUAGUAAAGGUGGUCAAAGAGCUGGUGAAAAGGCUGGUUUUGAUUUUCAUCUUUCAAAAUUGUAUUCUGAUAUUGAAAAAGACACAGGCGUCAAUUUAACUGGUAUAAAACAUGAUUGUAUAAAAGAUGUUUAG